AUGCAUAUAUUUUCGUUCGAAGAGGAACGCGAUGAAGGAAGUAGGAGAGUGAUCGCAUCAGUAUCAGAGAAGAGUUGGAGGUCUGUGCACAGCCACCCAACCAUUACUCAUCAAGUUAUUAACAGAGAGGCAGGUAUGAAACAAAUAGAUUUAUUAUCAACACCCAAAAAUAUAUUUUUGGGUAUUUUUUUAUUAUUAUCAUGUUUAACCUUAGUUUUGGCUCAAACACCAACCAUUACAAGUAUUAAACAAGAUGGAACUAAUAUUAUCAUUGAUGGAACUGGUUUUGGAACCAAUCCAGCAGUCAUUGUUUUGAAGUCAAACAUUCCAGACAUCACAACUGGAAUUAAUAUUGUAGUACCAGAUACUCAAUUAAAAAUAGCGAUGCCAUCCAACGGUCAAGAUGCAUCUUUCAGUGUCACUGUCGAUGGUGUCUCAUCAAAUGGCCUUGUAGCGUAUUUGACUCCCGUGAUCACAACGUGUACCAGACCACCUACCAAUGGAGGAUCCAUCGUCUAUCAAGGAUACUAUUUCAGAGCCAAUUACCAACCAACUGCACUUUUUAAUGGUACCUCUAUCCCAAUCACUUCUUAUACGUCUGGAACAGCCAAUCUUCUAGCUUCAGUGACAGUCACCGCUCCAGCCGGAACUGGUCUAGUCACAUUGGUUUCCAAAACGGUUACUGGUUAUAGUUCUGCUCCAUACCAGUUAUGGUAUCAGGCCCCCGCCGUCACUAGUGCCGACGCAGGUGCCAAUACGGUCGUUAUCUCUGGUUCAAACCUUGGUGCCAAUGUUGCCAAGAUCAGUUUGGUUGCACCAACCUAUCCACUUGGAACCAAUACCUCUAUUGCUCCAACGGCUGUCUCACACACAACUGCCAUCUUUGAAGUGACCAACGUCAAUGUUUUGAAUGGACCAGCUCAAGUAUCAGUCGACGGCCAAAUGUCGGUACCAUUUACUCUCUCGUUUUAUCCAGUCAUCAAUUCAAUGAACUCGGUUGGUAUGUCCGGUGGCUCCAACAUUACCAUCAAAGGUACCUCGCUGUAUCCAUUUGACAGUCUAGGAAAUGCACUCACAGCGUCUGUCACCAUCGGUGGAAACGAUUGUCCCAUUCUUUCAUCAUCAAUGGACGCCUCCUUUACCUAUCUCGUUUGCCGAGCUCCUGCCGGAACCGGAACCCAAACUGCAAUUGUUACCAUCAAUGGUUUAGCCAGUAAUAACUUUGCCUAUACAUUUGGUGUCCCAGAAAUCACUUCCAUCAUCCAAAGCAACUCAGACUAUGGAAUUACCAUCCAAGGAGCCAAUUUUGGACCAAACAAGGAUGUUGUCACCCUUACCAUCAACUCAAAUGCCGUUUUGAUCACUUCAUUCAAUGAUACUACCAUUGUCGGCACUGUAUGGGCAACGUCCUCGAAUGGAGUCAUCCAAGUCCGAGUCAAUACAAUAUCAUCCGCUCCUUUCCCAAUUAAUUUCAAGCCAGUCAUCACAGCUGUACCUGUGAUCCCAUUAACUGGCGGCACAGUAACCAUCACUGGUAGAUACCUCUCAAUGCUCCGUGCCAACGGAGCCCUUUCUACCAUGUCGAUUUUAUUCAACGGCAAGCCAGCUUCCGCCAGCUCAUCGACUGCCAACUUUGUUGCCUCCUUUUUAACUGUUAUCGCACCCUCGGGUGUUGGUGCCAACCUCCCAUUGACAGUCUCGAUCGAUGGAGUUGUGUCUGAUCCAUUCUUGUUUAGUUAUGAUGCACCAACCAUCUCUUCAGUUGCCCAAGGAGUAUUUCCUGCCAUUACUAUCUUUGGUACAAAUUUUGGAGCUGAUUUGUCAGUCAUCAAAGUAGUUGCCAAUAAUGGCCAAGAAUAUGUUCCAACUGCAUUUGUACCAAACGGCGGAGUAUCAUUUAACUCUCCAGCAGAUCUCAAGAAUGGAGUUAUCAACGUUCGAGUUGGUAAUCAAAUGGCUGCAUCCAAUUCUACUUUAAUUUUGACUCCAGUGCUCACUUCGGUCAAUACUCUCAGUCUUACUGGUGGUAACCUCACUAUCACUGGUGCCUAUCUCAAUACCGUCGAUUACCUUAACGCCCCUCUUAUUGUGUCUGUAGUGUUGGGUAACACUCAACUCACCAACAUUCAAGGCACCGGAUCCACUCUAACUUGUGAAUACCCAACUGGUCUAGGUGGAGCCAGUCUUUUUUUGACUGUUUCCAUUGGUGCCCAAUCAAGAAUAUUAUUUGUCUCUUUCCCAGCACCAAUCAUCACAUCAUCGGUUUUGACUCAAAAUACAACCGAUCGAACGGUUACCGUCACUGGCAAGAACUUUGGAACCAAUUUUGGUUCGAUCCAAGUAUUAUUUGGUGUCCUCAGAUCAGUCACUGACACCACCAUCGUCUUUGUCGUUGCCGAAACAGUUACCAAUGGUCCAUUCACUGUCAAGUCGUUUUCACAAAUCUCAAACGCUGUUACAUUCAACGCCACUCCACUCAUCACUAGUAUGUCAGGUGCUAAAACCCAAGGAUCAACUACUACGCUGCUUGGUAAAUACCUUACAUCUAUGAGAACCAACCAAACUCCUACAGUUGCAUCUAUCCAAAUUGAUGGUGGUGCUCCAAUCACAUCACAAAUUACACUGCAAGGUACCUCGUUAACAUUCCCUCUGCCAGCCGGUACUGGUGCAAAUCAUACUUUGGCACUGACAAUCGAUGGUCAAAUUGCCACCUUUGUAUUCUCGUAUCCAACUCCAACUAUUACUUCAAUUGUCCAAGAAUCAGUUGCCAAUCACUACACCCAAACAAUCAGCAUCUUGGGUACUUCAUUUGGAGCUGUAUCUUCAAACGUCCAAGUAUUAUUUUCCAAACAACCAAAUGUUCAAUGUAGUCAAAUAGUUGCCACCGACACUUUAAUCACUGCAACCCUCCCUACUUUUGUCCUCAGCGAUGUCAUCACUGUCAACGUCUCUGGUCAAAUAUCUUCCAUCUAUUCCCAACCAAUUGGACCAAUUCUCAAAUCAAUCACUUCAGCCGAUGCUGAAGGUGGUGAAAUCAAGAUUGGUGGUCUCUACCUCAAUAAUGUCGAUGCCUUUGGAACACCCCUUCCAAUAGCAGUCUGGUUCCCAAACAAUGUUCCAUGUACCAAUGUUGUAAAGAUUGCCGAUGGUCAGGAUAUGAGUUAUAUCACUUGUCUAGCUCCUCCAGGAAAUGGAAUUAAUGUUCAAGUCACCGUUCAAGUCGUUAAUUUAUUUGACACUAUCAACUUUGCCUAUGGAUCACCAGUCAUCAAUUCAGUUGUCGUCGCCAAUGAUAAUUCAGCAGUCUCGAUCGCUGGAAAGAAUUUCGGUGCCUCACAAGCAGGUGUAGGCAUAUUCUUUGACAAUACUCAACUCCUAACCAUUAUCUAUGUCAACAGUACAUUCCUAGUGGUACCAUCACCCACAGCAAUGAGAAAUGCACUAGUCACUGUCAAACUUGCCGACGGUCGUAUUUCAAAUCCAGUGCCACUCGCAAUCAAGCCACUCAUCACAUCCGUUGCAAAGCCAAUCAAAACAACAGGUGACCAAUUGACCAUUGUUGGAAACUAUCUAUAUCCAACUAGAAUGGAUGGAUCAUCAACCAAUGUCACAGUUGUCAUUGCUGAUCUUAAUCAACAAUGUACCAAUGCCGUAGCCAACGGAGUAUCAAUUAUUUGUACCUCACCUCAAGGUUCUGGUGUCAAUCAUAAUGUCAUUGUCUAUAUUGAUGGAGCACAAUCGCCAUCAUCAGUCACACUCUCAUACAUUGCACCUUUAAUCACCAAUAUUGCCCAACAAGGUAAUAGUGACAAUCUAAUCAUCACUGGUACCAAUCUUGGCCUUGACUUAGCAAAGAUUACAAUCAACAAUCAAAUCAUUGCAACAACAUUGACCAGCGCAACAUCUCUGUCUGCUAAAUUGACAGGUCCAUCAAAGAAUGGAGAUAUUAAAAUCACUGUCGACGGUCAAGUUAGUAAUACUCUACCACUCAAGAUCAAGGCAUUGGUCAGCUCUAUCUCAUCCACCUCACCAUAUGGAGGUGUUGUUGAACUAGUCGGUAAAUACCUUUGGACAACUAGAUUGGAUUCAACUCCAACCACCAUCUCAAUCGAUAUUGGAGGAGUAGAAUGUACAUCACCAGUGGCCGGCGAUGGAAAUGAUGGAACCAAGUUGAAUUGUACUCUUGGUGAUGCCAGUCAAUACGAAUCUGAUGUUGAAUUAUCAAUUGACUCUGUCUAUGCCUAUUCAACAACUGCUUACUACAGUAAUCCACCAGUUCUCACAUCGAUUUCAUCAUCAUUCUACCUCGUAUCAAAUGUCGUCACCAUCGUUGGUAAUGAAUUCUAUCCACAAUCUUAUGUUACCAUUGGAGGUAGUCAAUGUAGUAAUGUUGUAGUUGUCGAUGCUCAACAUAUUACUUGUUUAUUCGAUAGUAAUGUCGGCGACAAUGCAACUUCAACUUUGGAUGUCACUAUUAGUUCUGACAAUUCAGAUGAAAUUUCCUUUGCCAAAGUAUUCAAAUACACAUUGUUACAAUGUUUGAACUCUUGUUCAUCACAUGGAACCUGUGUCACAUCUGGUCAAUGUCAAUGCGACAAUGGAUACACAGGAGCUGAUUGUUCAAUCACAUACACUCAAUCAUUGGUAGCUGGUGACUCUGGAUCAGUGUCAGGAGGUAAAUUCACAAUGUUUAACAAUUCAAUGGAAUUCCUACUUUCACACAUUCAAGAAGUUCGUCAAGACAAUAGUAUCGUUAAAACUAUUCCACUCACCAAAUGGGAUGUCUACAAUGAAUUUGGUAAUACAACUGUUUACAACUCAUCAGCAACCACUCACAACAUUCAACUCUAUGUCACCAAACAUGCAACAUCAUCCAUCCAAUCAUUUAUAGGUGAUGAUCUUGUCAUCCCAUCCAACUCUAUCAAACAUUUUAUGACUAUCGAUAGUUUUACAUUUGAAUCAACCAACUCUUCACUUCGUAUCAUCUAUCAAUUCAAAUCACCAUCAGAUAUUGAAUACAACUGUGAAAAUGAAACCACCAAAUACCAAUACGAUACAUCAUCAUCAAGCACCACCAUCAAAUCAUACAGCAUUGACACACCAGUCGGUACAAUGAUGGCAUCAUUCAGCAACCGUGUAGAAAUCGAUGAAAACUAUGCAAUGGUCUCAUCAAUCCAAGCAAUCACAUCAGUUGAUUCAUCAACACCAUCAACCAACGGUAUCCAAUACAUUGCCAUCCAAGUUCCAUCAUUUGGAGAUUAUGUUGAAAUCGAUCCAAUAUUCUCAGCCACAUCAAAGACUGCACCAUCAACCGAUGCCUGUAUUGUAUCAUCUUCAUCCAUCACCACACCGUCAACCAUCAUUUUAUUUGUAGUAUCACUCAUCUUAUUAUCUAUUUUCUAA